UAGCUCUUGGUCCAGUUGGCGCCCGAGGUGUACCAGCGCUCCCCCGCCCGCUCCAGCCAUGAGUGCCCGCACCUGGGCGCUGGCCCUCCUCGGCUUCUCUGCGACCCGGGUGUCCCGGCAGCCAGGGUCCACCUGGGUCGGUGUCGCCGCGCUGGCACUGGCCGCGGUGACGCUGGCGACCGUGGCCUGGCGUCGCGCGCGUCCCCGGCGGCGCCGGCGGCUGCAGCAAGUGGGAACGGUGGCACAACUCUGGAUCUACCCGAUCAAGUCCUGCAAGGGGGUGUCGGUGACCGAGGCGGAGUGCACUGCCAUGGGGCUGCGCUGCGGCCACCUGCGCGACAGGUUUUGGCUCGUGGUCAAUGAAGAGGGGAACAUGGUCACUGCCCGGCAGGAACCUCGAUUGGUCCAGAUUUCUCUGACCUGUGAGGACGACGCCUUGACACUCAGUGCAGCCUACACAAAGGACCUGCUGCUGCCUAUCACACCGCCUGCCACAAACCCACUCCUCCAGUGCAGAGUGCAUGGCCUGGAAGUGCAGGGCAGGGAUUGUGGAGAGGAUGCUGCUCAGUGGAUCAACGGCUUUUUGAAGACGCAGCGCUGUCGCCUGGUGCACUUCGAGCCCCACAUGCGCCCCAGGAGUUCUCAGAAAAUGAGGGCUUCAUUCCGGCCCACGGACCAGGUGGCCUACGCAGAUGCAAGUCCAUUCUUGGUGCUCUCUGAGGCGUCCUUGGAAGACCUCAACUCUAGGCUGGAGAGAAAAGUGAAAGCAGCGAACUUCAGGCCUAACAUCGUCAUCUCAGGAUGUGGCGUCUAUGCCGAGGAUUCUUGGAACGAGGUUCUCAUUGGAGACGUGGAACUGAAACGGGUGAUGCCUUGCACCCGGUGCCUUUUAACAACGGUGGAUCCGGACACUGGCAUCAUGGACAAAAAGGAGCCUCUGGAAACACUGAAGAGUUACCGCCUGUGUGACCCUUCCGAGCAAGCGCUGUAUGGAAAGUUACCCACCUUCGGACAAUAUUUUGCUCUGGAAAAUCCAGGGACAAUCAAAGUGGGAGACCCUGUGUACCUUCUGAGCCAGUGAUGGGAACUGUGCGUUCCGGAAGAACAGAUGUCUCUUUAAAAAAAAAAAAAAACAUUUUAAAAACUGACACCGCUUGAAAUCAUUCUUCAGCCUGUUCUUUGGAUCUGUGGGUUCUCCUCUUUCAGAUUUCCUUCUGUUUCAUUGUUUCCUGGGGCCAGCACAGAAAGCAGGGAAAUACGGUCUGGCGAGUUUAGGCCCCCGUUAAGUUUCUUGAAGAAUGAAGGGAUUAUCACAUCGCCCUGUUUAUAAUUAUGGAGUAAUUUUUCUAUUUUGGCAUUCACUUGCCAAGACAGCAGAUGUCCGUCAUCUCCCUAGCCUUCUUUUGGGAAAGAGGAGAAAAAAAGAGGACGACUGUGUAAGCCAGAAGAAUGUUCCAGAAUGUUUUGCUACCCCUGGACAUGGUGCGUACAAUGGAAAUUAAAUACUCUCCCAAGUAAAGCUGGAAUGACGGCAUUCACUUUUCUCCUCCGGCCCAGGCUUUGGAAAGGGUUUAACGAGCAAACCCCGAAGAUACAAAUUGUUCCAUAGAUCCUGGAUCAGACUGUUGCUUACCAGACAGCAUGAAGAUUUGACGGAUCCGUUAGCCCAAGAAACCUCUGAAGUGUCAGGAUCUAAAGCUAGCUCUCUGGAGCACCCAGACUGCCUCUCAACUCUGUGAAAAGUAUUAAGAUCCCACUCUGGAAGCAAAGCCGUUGAUGCUCCCCACUAAAGGAUUCGAAAUCUGGGGACAGACAGUGACACUAGAGAGGGAGACACCUCCUUCUAGGUUUCUAAGAUGAGAUUUGAGCUUAACCCGGGGAAAUGAUGGCUCGCUGAAUGUGAGCAAAAUGAAAUGGCCCUGAGAUAUGGCGCCGCCUAGUGGUGGUGAAUGGUAGCUCAACCCACCUUGAGAAAAAUUAAAAAAA